AGGGGGAGGAGUAUGGGAGAGAAGAGUGGGAAGCCAUGAACCUUGAAGAUAUCCAGGAUGGAGAAUGUAUGCAUGAUAUUCUUCACACUCUCUUUGAUCUAAAAGAACUUGAGCAUGAUCAGUGGUUCCAGGAUAAAUGCUUGAAUAUCCUGAAUUCUCUAGAUAUACAACAUAUAAGGACUGACUACUGCAAUAUAUUAACCAAUCCGAACUAUGUAAAGGUGCACAGUCCGUACUGCAAGCUGUCUCUGCUGUACAGUAUCCAGGUGGAGCUAAUCCACCAACAGGUCUUCAUGGAUCAAGAAGUGUACAGCAAACAACUCAAACAAUGUAGUCAACUUGCGUAAUUUUAGCAAAAUAAACGUGUUUUAAAUGUCG